CUCAUCUGCUGCCAGCGUGCUUGUAUAUAAUCUCGCGUACCACCUCUCCCGGCAUUUCGCUUACAUUCGGCAUCGAAGCACUUCUAACGUCGCCAUGGCUACGGUACUUUGUUCAGUCGGCCUCCUCGUCCUGUUCUUGACGUGUAUAUCCACUCAAGUGGUUCAGAAAGUGGAGGACUGUGCAUCAAGUAGUUCCUGUCCUGCACCGGGUGGUGGAUGUGUUGCCCUUGGUGAUGCCUUCAUCCUAAACUCCUGUACCACCCUCACCUGCACAGUGGAGAACAAUAUCUAUGGUCUCCGGGGUACAAUGAGAUGUGUGACUGGAAGUGGAGACUGUAAAGAAGUGGGUGAAACAUACGACUUCAAUACAUGUACAACUCUCACCUGCACAUUUUCGAAAAAUUACCUCAGGUUUACGGGCGAUUACAAAUGUGCCCAUGGCGCCGACUGUUACGAGGGGGGCUCCAACAAGCUCUUUGGGAACUGUCAGUAUUCAUGUUCUGUCACUGGCACAAUCGGCUUCGUCAAGGAUGACGCAGACUGCGAAUAGAACGUCCACGUGAGACCAGUCAGCUUCAAGUCAUUUUCACUUAACUAAUGUAAUAAACUGUCAGAUGUUUCUCGUAA